GAAUUAAGAUAUUAGAAAGGCAAUUUGAUAUAGAAUAUAAUGAGAUUUUACGUUGGAAAUAUUAGUCGGAGUAAUUGAUAAUAAAAUGGGACGACGUAAACAUGAUGUUGUUAACAAGAGAGGAAGUAUGAAUUAAAUUUGCCCUGAUAAAAACUAAUCGAUUGAUUGAUCUUUAAUCACGACAGAUACGGUGAAAUUAAAUCAAUUUCUUUUUAAAAGGCCCCAUGGAUAUUAACCACAUCCUCCGCGUAAACCACAUCCUCUUGAUUAUGAUACGUGAAAAAUACUUUGGUACUGGCUUGAUUCUGGAACGUAUAGAUGUGAACAGUUCCUUUUGUUUAUUCGAAACGUAUACUGUAAAUAUCGACACGUUGACGAAUAUAAAUAAUUUAUAUUUGUAUGUGAAAAAAAAAAAAGAAAAAAAAAAAAAAGAAAAGAGAAAAAAAAAGAAAGGACAAAACAAAACGGAAAGAAAAGAAAAGGGUCGUAAUUUUUCGAAAUAUCAUAGUACCUAUUCGAUUAUUUAAUUAUUUAAGAAAAUAUGGAGGAUGAUAAUAAUCGAGUGAAACUGAUGUUGGCGAUAGAGAAUGAUGAAAUCAAUGAGGCAUUGAAAAUCUUGGAUGAGGAUGAUAGUAACGUACUCCUUCAACCACUUGGAUUACUCGGUAUAACAGUUGUACAUUUGGCCGCUUGGAAGGGUCAUUUGGAUUUAUUGAAACGACUUUUCAAAAGAGGCGCUGACAUUAAAUCUCUCGAUAAAAUCGGUAGAAGCGCUUUAUUUUAUGCCGCACACGCCGGUCAUCUUGAGGUAACUCGGUGGUUGUUAAAAAAUAAAAGUUUCACGGAUACUAGGAUCGGCGUUGAUUCCUGUCGCAGGCAUGGCUUCAAAAUUCAAGAAACUAGCAAAAUUGAUUGUCUCAUUGGUCAAGACCUGCCGGUACCAGAAUGUUGCGGUAGAACUCCUUUGCACCAGGCAGCAAAGAAUAAUCAUUCCGACGUGGUGAAAACUUUGGUGGAGGCUGGUGCGAACGUUAACGCACAAGACGAGCGAGGUAUUACGGCAUUGCUACUGGCGGGAUGUAAUGUGAAUUCCAACGACGUUAUCGAGAUGUCGAAGUUCGUUGAAAUUAUCGACGUUCUCGUUUCUGCGAAGGCUUCGACGAAUGUCAUACAUUCGGGCACAGGUUCAACGGCAUUGCACCUUGCAACAGCAUUGGGAAGUCCCAGGGCGGUAAGAAGGUUGCUCGAAGGUGACGCGUGGCCCCUUUUUCAAUGCGCCGACACGAAAAGCACUCCCCUUCAUAUUGCGGCAGACGCCGGAAAUCUGGAAAUUCUACUCGUUCUACUUAAAAAUAUACGUAGAGAUCACGUCGACAUAUGCGACAAGCACGGUCGGACAGCCCUUCACCAAGCUUGUUAUCAAGGUCAUCGUGAAUGCGCCAAAGUUUUGAUCGACCACGGUGGCUAUCUAUCGGCUGAAACGAAAAACGGUGAAACCGUUAUUGACGUAGUGUUUGCUCACAUGCCAAAUCCAAUAUCGUUUCUAACGGAUAUCAUGGAUACUCGUGUUCGAUUUAUCAAUCAUCAAAAUAUUGGCGAAGAUGCACAAAUUUCCAUCGAUUUCAAUAUUUUGGCGCCGCAGAACGAAUUACAAACAAACGUUAUCAUAGCUCUUAUAGCUGGUACCUCGAACGUCGAACAAUUGGCAAUUUUACAGCAUCCAUUGAUCGAAUCGUUUCUACAUUUGAAAUGGGCCAAAUUACGUAUAUUUUUCUUCUUUCUUUUAUUCCUUUACAUAUCUUUCGUUUUUUCACUCUCAACAUUUGCCAUAACUCUUCUUCGACAAGGUAACCAUCUUGUAUCGCAAAUCGUACUUACUAUAUGUUCGAUCAUGGUAUUACUUUAUAACAGUGCCCAAAUUAUUAUGUUACCAAGAUAUUACAUAAGACAAUUCGAAACAUGGCUCUCCUUCGUUAGUGCCGCAUUAUCGUUCAUGGUCUGCACAAUGGUCACCAACAGUAAACGUUUCGUCGUGACCACGUCAAACGGUAUGCUUACACCCGAGUUGGUAUUACAUUCCAUCAGCAUCGCAAUUUUGUUGGGUUGGAUACAAAUGAUGCUACUUAUAGGACGUUUUCCAACUUGGGGAUAUUAUGCACUUAUGUUCUCAACAGUUCUGUCGAAUAUAUUAAAGGUACUCUUAGCGUUCAUUUGUAUGAUUUUUGGAUUCACCUUGAGUUUCACUGUUUUGUUCCAUAAGAACGAACAGUUCCACGAUUGUUGGAAGGCCAUAGUGAAGACCGUGGUAAUGAUGAUGGGUGAAUACGAUUAUGAGAAUCUUUUUCCAGACGAUACUGAGGGCAAUGAGUCUUUUCUAACGGUCACCAGUAGGGUCAUCUUUCUUAGCUUUAUAAUACUCGCAAGUAUGGUUCUAAUGAACCUUAUGAUCGGUCUCGCGGUCAACGACAUUCAAGGCCUACAGAAAGAGGGACACAUUCGUCGAUUACUCAAACAGGCUGAAUUCGUGGCACAUUUGGAGAAACUAACGUCUCAUCAAAUUUUCAAAAGCAACUGGUUACAUCCUUGGUUUAGAACGAUCGUCAAUUCGCGACGCAUAGUCACGACAAAAAUGUUGCUGCACUGUCGCGACAAUAAUCUUUACGAAUCCUUUCGUGGAAUAUCCAUCGAAUUGAUGGAAUCGUUGUUUCGCUUGGCCUCCAUGAAUAAUCAACGAAAAGAGAGAUCGAGACAUACCGACACAAAUGCAAUGUCAUUAUUAAUCAACUUACAAGAACAGAUUCAACAAUUACAAAAACUUUAUUAUCCGUCUAUUCCCGAAAGUCGUACGAAAUUAUUUGGCAAACGAUUAGUCCGUAGAAGAUUUAGCUUGGACGUUUAGUUAAAAAUAUCAAAGAAAAAGAAACAAAACAAAACGAAAAAUACAUUUAUGCAUAUCAUAUCUUUCAUAAGAAAUAUCUUUUUAUAGUAUAUAUCAGUAAUAUAA